UAGUGAUACAAAAUAGUAGAAUAAUGGUAUUUAAUGGUGUUAAACUUUCAGGUGACUAUGGCUUGAGUUUACCUCUUGGAGAAGAAUAUGAACGAAAAAGACAUAAACUCAGAGAGGAACUUCGACAAGAUUAUAGGCGAUAUCUUUCUCAGAAAAAUUAUCUAACUACUGGUGAAGUAGAUCCAUAUACUCAGGGAUUAUCUCUUCCUAUCGAUGAGAGAAGGUCUGCCAAGGAGAAUCUACAGCUUGAAAGGAACAAGGAGUACAAUCAGUAUCUCAGGGAUAAAGAAGAAUGGAAUGAAAGGCUAAGGAAAUUAGGGAAGAAAAACUCAGAGCAGAGUGAGAUGGACAGGAACAGAAAACCUAUUGCUAUUACCACGCUCCAGCCAGAACUACAUACAGAAGUACAGCCCUGUAAUACAGAUGCAGAGCCUCCCAAGAAAAAUGCGUUUACUUCUACAGAAGGUUAUGAAGAGCUGCUAAAUAAGAGAUGGCUGGAGGAAGACAGGUAUCAUAGGUUAGAUGAUGAGGUUGAAUUAAGAAGUCGACUAUUAAAUAGAAGACUUGAAGAAGAUUUGGAUGUUCCCAACCGAAGACAUCGUGGGCUUGCUAGCCAACCUGUGAUUCCCAUUAGGAAGCAUCACAGACUUGAUGAGGAUUUUUGUAGAAGAUACUCCAGAAUGGACUAUGAUCCUGAGAUAACUGAAGAAAUGGACCCUAGAUUUAGAUGUGAAAGUGCUUAUGACAGAAGAACUCCCCGGAUUUUUUAUGCUGAAAG